AUGGCUGACUAUCAAAUGGUUAAGGAUGUCACUGCCUGUGAAGAGUACAAACAGACCAUCAAAGUGAAGAUUUACAAACGUUGGAAAUCCUUUGAUGGAAAUGGUCUCCCAGGAAUGAGUUUCAUUUUGGUAGAUGAAGAUGGAUCUAAAAUUGCUGCAUCGGUUGACAACCUUCAACUUUCAUACAUUGAACGUGUUUUCUUAGAAGGUGCUUGGGUUGAAGUUUCUAAGUUUGGUGUGAUUAAUUCCAACUGGGAAGAAAGAAUGACUCGACAUGCUUUUCAAAUAAUCCUAAACAAUCAGACAAAGGCCUCGACCAUUCGACCUUUGACAGAAGAUCCAUUCAUUAAGUUGACAGAUUUCAGUCAUGUUUACAAUAAGCCAUACACACACUACUACCCAAUCGAUUUAUUAGGUGUUCUUGAUAAACCAAUUGGAAACAUUGUCACUGCUGUUCAUCCAGAUGGAACAAUGGUCCCAACCAUUUAUUUCCGUAUAAGAGAUCUUGAGGAUUACACGCUUGAUUGCGUUGCCCGUGGUGUUUUGGCAUAUGACAUCAAAGAAAAGUGUGAUUGCAAACUUAUGAAAGGACAAUACGCCAUAUGUGUUUUGACGGAUUGGGUUGUUCACAGAAAUAUGAAUGAAAUGACUAUCUAUGAUUACGAUGGAGGAAGUCUAUCCCGUUUCAUUGUUGCACCACCGAUCGAUGAAGUCCUCCGUUUCAGACUCGACCUUUGGAACAAGAGAAGGACUGCGGAAAACACAUCUGGAAAUUCUGAUGUGAGGGAUUAG